CUACGAUCCAGAACAUUCCGUCUUCUACCGAUCGAAUCUCGACCCAUCCCCCUUGAGUGAGAGAAGAAUAGAGAGAAAUGAUGAAGCGUCUGGUCCCAACGUUCAACCGCAUUCUUGUGCAGAGAGUCAUCCAGCCUGCUAAAACCGAAAGCGGCAUCCUCCUCCCUGAGAAAGCCUCCAAGCUGAAAUCAGGCAAGGUGAUAGCAGUGGGGCCCGGUUCGAGAGAUAAGGACGGGAAAUUGAUUCCGGUCUCGGUUAAGGAAGGCGACACCGUUCUUCUUCCGGAAUACGGCGGUACUGAGGUCAAGCUCGGCGAGAAGGAGUACCAUCUCUUCCGUGAUGAGGAUGUCUUGGGAACUUUGCACGAGGAUUAAAAACCAAGUCAUUUAUUUAUAAGUUAAGUUUAUCCUUGAUGAUGUGGUCGGACAUUGUCGUUUGUUUAAUUGAGAUCUUACGUUAAUGGACUAAUCUUAAUCCUUUCGAAUUGUUCCGGUUUCCAAAUGAGCAUCACUCUUGUGAUUCUUAACUCUCUCUUUUUUUUGUGUGUGUUUUCCUUGGACUGAUGACGGCUUUGAUUGAGCUUGCGUUUUCUUGAUCAAUCUGUUACUAUAGCUAAAGGUUCUAUUUGACA